GCCAUUUUUUAACCCAGGUGACAACAGAAAGUGGGACAGUCCUCUUCUUCCUUUUAUUUCUUAUCCAACCUCUGGCCACUCAGACCAGCCUCUGUCCAGUGCUCGCCUCAGAGGCCUCAAACCUGGUCAGAGACUGCAGCUUGGAGCUCCCAUGGCAGACCCAGACACGGGGGUCCCAGUACCCAUUCUGGCUGUGACUAUCCAUCCUGAGACCGGACUUGUCUACCCACUGGGAGGAGUGCAUGUCUGCCCUGUCACCCGCCUGCCUCAGCCUAUACAGAUUGGUUACCCCAUGCUGGACCCCAGGACAGGGAACAUUGUGCUCACAGUUGGCGUCAGUUUGGAUCCAGUAACAGGAGCUGUGCUGCCAGUGGGUGGAGUCCUGCUGGCUGAAUCCUUCAUUGAUCCUCUGAGUGGUUGCAUGGUGAGGGUAAGAGGAGCCAGCAUGAGGGCAGGACAACUGGUGCCUAAUACAGGAGGAUACCAGGCUUUACUAGACAGCAAGGUUCUGGCAACAAUGUUUAAAAUAUUGGAUCUCCUGAAGCCACUUAAUGAGGAGUGGGGUUCAGAUUCAGCUUUGCAGCCUCAUCCGAGCAGUGAGAGAGGGAGUGGUCAGCAUGAUCAUCUUCUGGCUGCCACCAAGGAGCUUCAGCAGGCCUGGGGAAGGAGCCUGCACUGUCAACUCCAGCUACAGACCAAGCUGGAGAUUCUGCUGGACUGGGCUGUGGAACUUCAGCAGCAUGGAGGAACUCUUGGAGAGAUGCCUCUGUCAGACUCUGAUGUGUGUGUGCCAGCUCUGCUAGGAGUGGAGUACCCUGACCCCAUGGGAUCUGGUCUUAGUGUGCCUGUGCUGGGAUGUCAGACUGACAUUGUCUCUGGGAUUACAGUACCCUUGGCAGGCACCAUGGAGGACCCAAAUGGGAAAGGGCUAGUGGCGAUCCGAUAUGGAUCUCAGACUGUGGACCCAGUAACCGGUGUAUUGGCCCCAGUGGUUGGAGCCAGGCUGGAUGUCACCAGAAAAAACAUCUUGCCCGUUUCAGCUUCCUACUGGCUAACAGUGGUGGAUCAGACGGAUAGUGUGCAGGUAGAGGCGCUGCAGAGACAGGUUUGUGUGAGAAAUACUUACUGGCAACAUCAGAGGCAGCGUGAGAAAGAUAUUCUCUCUGAACUGGACUCAGCUUUUUCCCAACAUCUCUUCAGAAUCACCAACAUUAAUUCUUCUCAGGUCCAGUGGUCAGGGAGACAGCUGAGGGAAGCAUCUGUGGAGCUGCACGAUUCAUCGCAGUCCGAGGCUCAGAGGAGAGCUGCUCAGCACUGGCACUUGGCUCUGAUCCUGCCUCAGCAUGUUUUUCACAUCCUUACACAAGGUGAUGAAGAGGAGUGGGCUCAGGAGAAUGUUUGGCAUUCAGAGCUUUUGUCAGGCCUUGAUAAGGUCGACGUGUGGAUGGAGCAGCUUCAGCAAGACCAAGAAAAUUGGACAACACACGGAGGGGACUGGGAUACAACUCUUCAUGCUGUGGACAGAGAGGUGAGGCAGAGAGAGUUGUGGGAGCAGUGCUGUUCCAUACAGUCAGAAUUGGAGGCUGCACUCAUUGCUUUGCACUUUGUCAGACACCUUUCUCAGCUCCGUGCCGACACUGCUCAGGCCGUGCUGUGUGGGAACUUUUGGUACAAAGACUAUGGUCUGAUCAAGUGCUGUGGGCAAAGGCAGACAAAGGUCUCCGGUUUGCUUCAACACAAGGCUCUGCCUCUGCUGGAAAGAUUGAAUCAACUUCUGGAUGAAAAACACUGUGCUAGUUUUUCUACUAACACUAGCAAUCGGCACAUUUCAGGUUUAUCAACAAAACAGGCCUAUGGACUGGAGAUAGCCUCUAGAGUCUGGACAGCAUCUGUGCCUGUGGUGAAAGGAAUCUCCACCCAGUCUUUGAGGGAGCCCGUCAAUUUGGCUCAAUCCCUCGACAAUGGUCUGCAGGCCAGCUCAGCACAGACACGCAACUCACAAAGACAGACUGCGUCUUCUGGCAUCCAUUCCCAGGAGAGCCAACCUACAAAAAACUCUGCGCAGCCUUCACACAUCUCUGUCCCUGCAGUUCCAGAGGAGGAGUGGACCAAGCUGCUGGGGCUCUCACCUCUGUUCCAGCUGCUGAAGAAGGUGGAUCAACAGCUACAGGGCUCAGCAUGUGGGGCAGGGAUUCUUAGAGGAGGGAUCAAUGACAGAGACAACAGUUUUGUGGAUAUCCUUGAUGCUCAGUGGGAAUGUGAGGGAGAGCUGAUUCCGUUAGAUCCAUCAGUCCUCAACCCCAGGGAGUUCCUCGUCUAUCACCAUGGACUCUUUCUGAUGCAAACAUUGUGUAAUCUAAAACUGACUCCAGCCAUUUCAAUUCAGAUAGCCGCAAGUCUCCCAAAGAACAACUAUUUGAACAACGCCUUCAAAAAUUCCUUCUUUUAUCAGGAGGCAGAGGAGAUGCUGUUCGUUCGUCGCCAGAGGCUCCAGUCAGUGGGAGGUUUCUCUCUGCUGCUGCUCCACUGUCUGUCCCAUGUGAAAAUGAGGGACAUGAGCUCUGACUCUAGUCCUGCCUUCCAGAGGCUUUUCUUCAAGGUACUGCAGGCAUGCUUGGGAGAGCUGUUUCAUUCCAGAAUCGGCAUGUGCUCCACAGGACAGGAAGCCAAUUUACGUGUGUGUUUUCAAGACCCAGAGGCCCCUUCUGGGGACAAACAUGGAGGUGUGUCAGAUGUACAUGCUGCCUCCGUGCCUUACAAGCUUCACAAAUCAAGCAGAGGAGUGCUUUCUGAAGGCGAAGUGGAGGAACUUCAGAGUCAACACAGCGAAAUCUCUCUCCUCUCCCAUCUUGAAGGACUUUUGAGAGAGAAGAGCUCUGAGGCCACGGAGAAUAAUCAAGACCACAUUGCAUAAAUACAAGAUCAACAAAGAAAAACCUCUUGUUUUUCCACGACAUUUUGCCCUUUAAUAGAAAGACGAUCAGCAACACACUGCUCAAACAAAGAUUGUUGUGUUGUGGGCUGAUUGUUGUUGUGUAAAUAUCUUAAAUAUCUAUGUAGCAUUCAUUUUAAAGUAUGUAUAAAUAUAGUAGCGCAAUUCUGCAUA